AUGGCUUCCUCACCCCAAGACCGCCGACCACUUAUCAUCUCCGGUCCCUCAGGCGCAGGCAAAGGAACCCUGAUCCAAAAGCUCAUCGACACACACCCCCAUACAUUCGAACUAACAGUCUCCCACACAACGCGGCAACCACGCCCCGGUGAAAAAGACGGUAUAUCCUACCACUUCGUCUCGGUCGAGACAUACAACACUCUCAAGCACAACGGGGAUCUAAUAGAAGACGCCAUGUACACCGGUGCCUUCUACGGCACGAGUAAAGCAGCACUCGCGGAAAUACUCGACAAAGGUCUCAUUCCGAUUCUUGAUAUCGAGAUGACUGGCGUGCAGCAGGUGAAAACAAGCGGGUUUGAUGCCCGCUAUGUUUUUGUUAAACCGCGGGAUCUUGAUCUCGAUGCUCGAGGACCCCUCCAACCGUCCAGAGAGUUUCUCUACGAAUGGGACUGCAUGGGUGGCGAGUUAACUCCUGCCAUAGCGGGUCAAGAUUCAAGCGUCGCGCUAUGCCAACGAAGCACCUCCGAGUCCGCGUUUCCCACACUCAAAGAUGCAUACGGACAUCAGCUCCCAUUCCACCCCGGGCUAGACCCUCAUGCAAGUCGCCUAAAUCGUGUACAUCAGCAGGACCCGCUCGAUUACGGCCAAGCAUAUACCAACGAUCAUUUCAAUCCCCGGACUCCACCGACCGGAUACCAGCAGCUUAUCAAUCACCAAGUGGAUAAUGGUAUAUACCCAGGUGCAGGCACAGUGACAGAUGGCAAGGCAAGCAGUCCGCCAGAAUGGAGCCCGGGAAUGCAGUACAAGGUAGCCAGAGACACAACCGGUCGCAGAACAGGGUCUGCAAGCAUAUCCGACCGUAGCGAUGUCACUAGCUCGUCAAGAAGUGAUGUAUCCAUUCCCGAAAUCCAUAUCGAGGAUCUGCAGGGAUUGAGUCUCGGGGAUCAUCCAGCCUCGCAUAUGGUGCUGCCCUAUGAGGCCAGCAGUCAUAGUCACUGCAAUGAUUCCAUUCCCGGGGAUGUCCAACGAAAAAGGCAUGACAGAAAGGUGCAAAAGUCCUCGGAACCUGCAUACGUGAUCCCCGGCAGUAGCAGCGAACAUGACACACUUGAUCCUCGCUACAAGAGGCAGAGCGAUCCUCGGAGAUUUUUCCGAGUUGGCAGGGUCUUUUCGAUGCUCUGGCAUGAGAAUGCAGGCUGGCAUGGAACUAUCGUCAGCGAGAAGCUUCCCUCAUCGUCAAGCCCAUUCACACGGGGCAAGUAUCAAGAACCCAUAUACAGUAGCAUCCGACGCAUGGUAGUGGUCAAAGAGCAGAAGGGCUGCUGCUGGUGUGUACCCAUCACUACCUAUAGUGGCCAAGGCGUGGCGAAAGCCGGGGUUGACCGCAGCAAACAUGCCGUCAUUCACAUGCGAGGCGAUAGACCUCGAACUGUGAAAUUCGAACCCCGGAUGGCCAAAGAGCCACUCGAGGUUGAUCCUGCCAGGCCUGAUCAGAAGCUAGAUUGUAUGUCCCGAGUGAACUUUGGCAAAGUUUAUACCGUCGAGCACAAUGUGAAAGUUCUUCCCGUGGGCAAGAUCACGGAAGCAUCUCGGGCGAGAUUCCUAGAAUACGCUCAGGGUGAGUUUAUCAACUAG